CACUUUGGGUUGUCUGAUGCAAACCUGUUGGUUCUCCGCUUCUCUCCUCCUCCUCCCCACCCCGCCCCGCCCCGCCCUCGGACGCUCGGCCCAUCAGCCGCCGGCACGACGCUUCGCGGAGUUCGCGCCUUCGUGCCCUCGACAACAGUGAGCAGCUCGAGCGUGGCAUUUCAGGCGGCAGCGGCGCUUCAGGCCGCAGCAGCUCUUCAGGCGGCCGCGCUCCGCGGCGCCGGUGCCAACAUGACGGGAGCCGCAGGUCUCGGGGUACCGACCGGUCUGUCCGGCCUGCCCGGUCUGUCCGGUCUGUCCGGUCUGACCGGUCUGACCGGUCUGACCGGUCUGUCCGGUCUGUCCGGCAUGUCCGGUCUGUCGAGUUUGUCGAGUCUGCUGGGCGCCGGAGGCGCUGGGGCGCCGGGUUUCGGCGGCGGCGUCGUCAGCUCGCUGAAUCCCGGCUUCGCCGGAGCCCAUUUGACCUCGGCUGCCGCCGUGACCGCUGCCAACGGCCCGGCCGGUGUUGCCAGCUCCGGUGUUGCCAGCCCCGGUGUCGGCCCGGGGGGUGGCGGCGGCGGCGGCGGCGGCGGCUGCGGAGGUACCGGAAGCGCGACCAGCACCAGCGGCCUGUUGGCGUCGCUGGCGGCGGCGGGACACGUGAACGCGGCCAGUCUUUUGGCAGCUGCCGGUCUCACGGGAACUGGGCUGGCAACCGGUCAGUUUGCCGCGUCCGUGGGUCCGAGCACCGCCGGUUCCGCCGGACUCGGUCACUCGUCGUCGGGCGGGUCUGCGGCAGCCGCGGCUGCCGCGGCGGCUGUCAGCCAGUUCCAGGCACAACUGGCCCAACAGCAACUGAUGACCGCCCCGACGCAGGUCAGUUCGUGGAAACACACUCACACGCCUCACCUUUUCGCCUCGUCGCCAGGUCACUCGUCCUCUUCAGAAGAGGACGAUUUCGCGCUUGAUAGCUCAUCAAAGAUCUUAUUCGAAUUGGGCCGUUAUGAUGGGGUUUUCCAGUUUAGCUUUUAUGUGCUGUCCUCAUCUCGUCUCUUACCAUUUUCAAUUGGGGGCGACUGGUCACUAUGA